AUGGCUCCCAUCAAUAAGCUCGCAGGGCACAUUGGCCAUCUCUCGCCUGAUCAAGAAGCGAAACUGCUCGAGUUCUGGGCCAUUAUCUUCACUUCCGUCGCCUCGGUGCUAUCGGCGGUAUAUGAAGUCCCGAUCCCCGAGGGUCCUCCGAGUAAACUGUUUGAAACCCUGGAUAAAAUCAAUGAACCGACAGUGGACGCCAUUACAUCCGCACUGAAGGGAACAACCAUACACGAGUCAAACGAGGCUCCCUUCCAAGGCAAUGGCGACACCAACAGCCACACCAACGGGGAACCUAACGGAGAGGAGCCGGGAAUCAACCCUCAUCGUUCACUGGACAAAAUUGAAUCGCUCAUGAAUGAAGAUGCCAAGACCACCCUCAUGUCCGAGAUGGCGAACCGCAAGGUCAAACCGGAACAUUUUGCUUCACUCUUCGCAGAUCUUCGUAGGCUUGGGGUGCAAGAGUCCGAGAUCAAGUCGAUGGAGAAUAUUCUCUCACAGAUGACACCACAAGAGAUGUGCUUCGCGAUUUUGAAGAUGGUGAAACAAGAGCAUCCUGACAGUCUGUUGCUGCGUUUCUUGCGGGCCAGGAAGUGGGACAUCGGCAAAGCGUUCUCAAUGAUGGCCUCUACUAUCCUAUGGAGAAAGCAACUGGAUGUCGAUGAUGAGAUUCUACCGCAUGGAGAAGAGUACGCGCUGGAAAAGUCUCGUGGUAAGAGCGCGUCCGCGAAGGAGAAAAAAGACGGAGCCGAUUUCAUCAAACAGCUCGAGAUGGGCAAGAGCUUCCUGCAUGGGUUUGAUCGGGAAGGACGUCCGGUGAACUACGUUCGAGUCAAAAUUCACAAGCCUGGUGCGCAGAGUGAAGAAACUCUCGAGCGGUACAUUGUCCAUGUCAUCGAGUCGACGCGACUGAUCAUUGCUCCUCCAGUGGAAACAGGUACCAUUGUGUUCGACAUGACAGGAUUUGGGUUGUCUAACAUGGAAUAUGCACCUGUAAAGUUCAUCAUCAAGUGCUUCGAAGCCAAUUACCCGGAAUCCCUCGGCCUGCUUCUGAUUCAUAAUGCACCAUGGGUAUUCUCCGGAAUCUGGCGACUCAUCCAAGGAUGGAUGGACCCCGUGGUCGCUUCCAAGGUCCAAUUCACGCGGUCUGUCGCAGAUCUUGAUAAGUAUAUACCACGAAAUCAGAUCCCCAAAGAACUCAAAGGUGACGAGAAUUGGAGCUAUAAAUACAUCGCGCCGGUGGAAAACGAGAAUGCAACAAUGAAAGACACAAAGACCCGUGACUCACUCAUGUACGACCGCAUGAUGGUUGGCAUCCGGAUGCUCGCAGCCACAGCGGCUUGGAUAUCAGCCACCACACUGAACGAUGGGAUGGAGGAAACUUCCAAAGUUGAAGAAUUGAAAUCCAGACGCAAUGGGGUGAUCGAGGAAUUCCGUGCCAACUAUUGGAAGUUGGACCCGUAUGUUCGAGCACGGGCGCUCAUUGAUCGAGAUGGCAUGCUUCUUCCCGGGGAGCAUCUCUUCGACUCUCUGGUAUUUGAAGCUCGACUUCUUUUGGCGAGGCCGCAUGAGAUCCAGACAGACGAGGACGGACAUAUUCGCGAUCCGAAAAGUCGAUCCCACGCUGGGGUAGAGAGCACGCGCACUGUGACGAAUGCUCCCAUUGUUGGCUGGAGCGCAAUUCUCGUCCCUGGGGAGGUGUUUGGCCAUCAUUGGCAUUGGGCACAAGAUAUCGAUCCCAGGGAAGCUCAAGGUAUUAGCAUGCGACAGUAUGGAGAAUUGACACAGAAACACAUUUCCGAGGAUGAGGAUGACUGGGAUACUCUAUCAAGCAAAACAGGAGGAAGCUUCCCCAAGGAAGCGGCUGUACCGCAUCACCGCGUUCCACCGCGGACGUCUGUCCGUGUGUUGGAGGCCCGUGGAGAAGGCCAAGGAGAAAGUCUCAAAUUUUGGUGGAACUUUGGAAGCCUACCUCAAGUCAGAGAUCUCCGCAUAUGA